AUGUGUGGUGACCGGGCUGACACCGUGGUUAGCGGCAAGGGUCCCACUCCAGCUUUCCCCGAAGCUGUUCUGCACAAGGAAGAGGACCUGAUGGCAGUAGACAAGCAACACCCAAAUCCGGUGUCCGUGCCUUUCACGAUCAAACUGCCCUUCCACCCGCCAUCCUACUCGUCGACCCCGCAACAUCAUUUGCUCGCAGAAGGGUCCUCAUUCGAGGAGAGACGCUAUGCAGAAGAGAGGGCAGGACAGUCCCACUUUGAGCUCGGUGGGUCACCGUCCUUAUACUGA